AUGCGCGUCUCUCGCGGCCCAGCCGCCUACCACAGUCCGGCGAGCACGAACGCUUCACCACUUCGUUAUGGGUCGGUUCAGGGGAGUUUGGGGCACCAGGGUUCACUGUUUAUGGAGCGUUCGCGGUCCGCUGCGGUGGUGGUGGCACCAACCGGCAUGGUAUACUGUCCGCGUGCGCCACGCUGGAUCAUGAAGGCGGUGCGCGCUAUCGGUGUUGCGGGCUGGGGCGGCAGCGGCGGCGGUCGCUCCUGGACGCUGAGUGGGGCGCGGGGUCCCCUCGAGACUGCGCAAGAGUCUGGUGAGGAGCAGUUGAGCGAAGAGAACCCAGAGGGCUCUGAGCGACCAGCCGAGAGAGACAACGGCGCUGGCAGCGCUGGUAGCCUCACAGCACACGACGUUGUGGUCAGUAUGGGCGGCGGGAGUCUCGGCGCGACCGUUUUGGGUAAUGAGUCUUUCAUCUGGACCCUGAGCGGAUGGAGACAGUCGGUACGAGAGGCUCAGGAGCGAGAGGAUGCGAGGCAACUACGUUCCGCUUUCGACCGAGAGGAAAUGGUCAGUGGUUACGAAACUCCGGCUACUGGCACGUCGUUGCUGUCGACUUCCAUCGAGCGGCGCGGGGGUGCUGCGCUCGGCUCGGCGUUGAGCUUGACGACUCGCUCACCGUGGGCGAUCAUUGGCGCGCUAGCGUCCUGGCUUGAGGAUCGCUUCUUUCCUCUGUUUGGAGCCGAGGAAGCAGAGAAUAUCAUGGCUGCCGCAGAAGGCGAAAUGCCACGCGCGGCCCGCACUGUCGCCAGCUCGGCAAGCAGUAUCACAGGUAGCAUGAUCGACGAGGAAACCGCCGCUAACCGACGCCUCCAAGCCGCACUGCUUCGUCAGAGCGGGUCUACCAGAGACAGACGGGUCGAUGCCUUGCAGUACGUUCUAGAUCAAAUGAUUGACCCGUUUUGCCGCGCUGUACUGGCGAGCUUCGCCGCCGCAGCGACAGAUUCAGCUGCGUCAAUUCUGGGACCGCUUCUGUUCCUCUACGGGCACGCCUACCAUAUGCAACGAGGGGAGAUGCAACUAGGGAGCGAAGGAGAUCAGGUUUUAAUGGAGGAGGACUUGGCAAACAUGCCGCGGGCAAUCAUGGCGCUACGAACGCUAACUGAAUUGUACAGUGAACUGUUCUCUACGUCAAAUGCGGGUUUCGGUAGAUCAAGGGGCAACAGCUCAAGUACGCUGAAUCAAGCAGGGACACCACAGCAUGCUGCCUUGAUCAGCACCAAUGCGUCGUCGGCGAAUAUUGCCGUUGUGCCGUCAAGCAGAAGCAGAUUGGGACGAACGUUAUCAACGCAAUCGGGGAACAAGGCGUCAGCCCAAGGAUCGCUCUCCGAUGCUGGGGAGGUUUUGGAUGCAUUUGCCACGCGGGCGGAACUGCUGGCUGGGACCACAGAAGCCAUGGAUCCACCGCUGGCGUCGUCCUUGACAACGGAACCAGCGGUUGGGAGGGCGAGAUCGCCAGCGGACGCUGCGGCUGCGAUUGCGUCCAGCAGCGCAACCCUACCGCUGACGGGCGCAUACGGUCGGGAAAGUGAGCCGGCUGAUUCUGCUGCAACGUCGAGUGACACCGAUGCGGCACUGUCGGAAGCGGUCAAGUCGCUGCGCCAUGCGCCCGCCACGGAGACGGAACGCCCGGAGCUCCGUGCAGCCGCUGGCGCUAGUGCUGCUGCUGCUGCUGUCGGUGCUCCAGACGUUGCUACGAUGCCGCAGGCGGCGGCGGCGGCUGCGGCGGCGGUGUCUCAAUGCGCUUUUUCGGAGAACGAUCGAACAGCGCUGCUCGAGGCGGCACUGGCCCGCAUUGAAGCGCUGGAGCGAGAGGUGGACUUUUUGAACCGCGAGCUUGCAGCAUUCCGUGAUGACUGCGUAUCGAGCAAUCGCGACCUGCACAAUUGCGUCGACGCUUGGACGGCAAUCGUGCUCUCAGAGACGCGCAGUGUUGCGGCAACAGAGCGUGCAACCAUUCGAGCACUCGCACGACGACUGCGUAAGCUAGAGCGCCAAAUUUUCUCGGAGAACGUUGCAGCAACUGCUGCUACAUCGCCGGAACACUCGAAUCGAGGUGAAUCUAGAAGGGCAACCCGAGCUAGCAGUGAGCGAGCAGAGGUGCAGGCGGAAGGCUACGGGACAGCCUCACGGUCAGCGGCGCAGCCGUGGCCAGCAACCGCGACAGCCACGGAGGCUACAGAGACAUUAGAAUUCGUGGCGGGAAAGCAGGGGCCGCCCACAGCGUCGCCUUCAGCUCAGGAUUCGCGGCUCUUGUACAGUGAGAUCUCCAGCGAUGACCCUACGGAAGCGCCAAGUCGAGCGAUGCAACCGGGUAGUGGCGCGGCGCGUGGCGCACCGACUGUUACGGUCCGCUCUCCGUCGGCGGGGCCCGUAGCCGCUUUGUCAUAUCUCCUCAGUGAACACGGGAGUUUCGGCAGCGACGAAGACCCUCUUCUUACGGCUUUCCAGCGCGCAGUCGGUCUCGGUAACGCCUUGGGCAGCGGCGAUGACACCGGUGAGUCCGCCUCGUCGACACCACGGGGCGGCACACCGCGAUCCGGCGGCCUGCAUGGCCCUGGUGCCGGCUCACUGCAAGCACCUGCGCAACAAAGCACAUAUCCAAGCGUACGCGGUGCCCAGAGAGCAAUCAUCGGCAGCCUGCCCCGCUCGACGAGUGGCUCGAAUAUGGUCCGUAUUUCAUCGCCGAUGCUUUCGGAUCCCAUGUCCGGCUCCGGUGCGCUAUCGAGCUCGCUACCAGUGACGAGUUCACUGCGAACCCGGGUGGCACCUACGGUGAGCAUUGCGACCGGCGGGCUGCCCGAAAACCCGCACACUUCGCGUCGCAUCCUCCGUGACGGUAAAUGGGUCCACGAGGAGGCAGCGUCUAGUCCGGGCGCUGCCUGGGGUAGGGCAUCGGCUUCGCGAGCAAGUCGCCGAGAACGAGAGGCCGUCCUUCGACGCCAGAUAGAGAGUAUGCAAGUGGCACUGGAAGAAGAGCGGCAACGAAGGCAGAUCCUCGAAGAGCGGCUCCUCCGUCAGUAG